AUGCCUAUUACCGGACACUGCCUUUGCAAAGCCGUCACGUACACCGUGGACGUUGACGCGCCUUUGAUCACUGCCUACGAUCACUGCGAUGAUUGCCAGCGCCAGUCUGGUUCCACCUACUCGCUGGUCACCGUCUUCCCCAAGGACAAGCUGACCAUCAACGGCCCCACCAAGAGCUGGGCUGGCAAGGGUUCGUCCGGUCACGCCGUCCACCGCAUUUUCUGCUCCGAGUGUGGAUCCCCGAUCGCCCACGACCCCGAUGCGGCUCCCGAGAUCAUCGCCAUUAAGGCUGGUACCCUGGACACUGAGAUUAAGAAGAAGCUGAAGCCGGACACCGAGAUCUGGACUGUCAGCAAACUUCCCUUCUGCCAGGAAAGCCUUGCCCACCCCUUCAAGCACAUGCCGGAGUAA